GAUCUUUGAAACUUCUAAAUUGUUAAAGCGUUUUAUUAUUUGAAUGAGUUUUAUCAAAAUGGGGAAAUGUCAUUUUGAAGCAACAUUUUUUGGUGUCCUGCAUCUGCAUAUUUAUUUACUUCUGCAUGUGUUUCUACCUGGCAAAUUAGCGGCCUUUAAACUUAUAGGAGAAUCUCCUUUCACUGAAAAAUUGGAGGGCCUCCAAAUAUUAAGACUCUCUUCACUUCCCCAUUAGGCUAAGCCAGUCCCAUUUCAUUUAAUAUUUAAGAAGUUGGCUAUUAACACAUACACACAGAAAAUUUCUGGUCUGUCUGAAGCUUCCAUUGACUUCUAGAAAAGUUAUUACAGUUUAAGAAUUUGGAGACCAUCCUCAGAUCUUUCAGAUUAAAAUUGUCUUAGCAGAUUUGCCAUUUUGGAAAUACUUUCCCCACGUUCAUUUGAGCAAAAUUGACUUAAUACAUUCUUCAAAGUUCUUUAGUAUUACUAAAAAUAAUUUCCUUUUUGUGUGUAAUGGGGAAAUACAUAGUAUGCUACAGACAGCAUGUAAUGUGCCUAUUAAACCUUUUAAAACAGGAGUAGGAACUUUUUGUAUUAUUUGCUUUAUUACUUAUAAAGUGUGUGGUAUACAUUUUUCUGCUCUUGUUAAUGAAUCCUACAUAUCUGUUCUUGUAUCCCUAGGAAUACUUUACACAGUUGCAUGUUGUUACACUAUUUCUUACUUCUACUUUCCUGUUUCCCAUUUGAAGUGUUAAUGUACUAAGAGCAACUACUUGGAACUUUCAUUGUACCUUUUUCUAUUACUUUUUGAAAGUGAAAUUUUGCAGUUUCAUUCUUUUACCCCCAGACUUUUUUCCUUAGGUUUAUUCAAAACAAAAUGGGUAAGACUUUUAAAGGCUUUUCUUUGUUUUUUAGUGUUUUACCUGAAUAUUCUCACAUUUUAUUCAUUCUAAAUUGAAUUCCUAUACCUGGUAGGAUUUUAUUAUGUUAAUGGCUACAUUUAAAACAAACAAACCUGUUAUUACAGUGGCAUUGUUGAGAAAUGGACUUCUGAAAGUCCCGUUAAUAUUUUAUUAUUCUAAUAACUAGUACAUGUUAUGACUUGUAGAACAUAUUUAAUUAUGGUUCCUGUACUUCAUGGUUAUUGGAAUAUAAUUUAGAGCACAUUUUCAUCCCAGAAUUACAGUAUAGUCUAGAAUUAUAUUAGAUAACUAGUGUAUGUGUUUGAAUUAAGGGGAAAAAAGGCUUUAGAGUGGUUUUCCUGAAAACUUGAAAGAAUAAGCUAUUUUGUGAAAAUAAUGAGGAGCCAUGUAACUUUGCUUCAAGCCUAAUGAAAAAAGUUAAUGAAGAAAGAUAUUAGGUUAAAAUUUAUAGAGGUACCUAGUAGGAGAUGAAACUGGAUUUUCAGCUUAGCAUCAUUGUGAAAUUUGAGUCCUGAUCUUUAAUCAGAGUUUAGUAGCUUUUGUACAUGUGGCUCUAUAUCUAAAGCUAGAGACACCAAGUCCAGUCAUUUACAAAGUUGGUUAGUAAGUUUUUUAAAAUUCAGAAAAACUACAAAUUUGGUGUUUUAUUCAAAGUAGAAUAUUUAAAUCUAAUUUUUUGUUGUUAAUGCUUAAAAUGUGACCGAUUGUUAAAUUUUAAUACAAAUCUUAACAUAUGUUUAACUUCCAUUUUGUCUGACUAACAUUUUCAGGUAACUGUAGUUUACAUCUUACUCAUUUUAAAAAUAUUCUUUUAUGUUUGCUGUCUGUUUUUCUUUGCUCUGUUAAAAUUUUCAGCUAACAAAAGAACAUUUUUCCUACAUUCUUCCUCUAUUGUACACUGUUAAGAGGUUAUUGAAUUUAGGUAUAUUUUGAGGUAAAAACUGCUAUGGCAAUUUAAAAUUAUUUUUACUUCCUUCUCUACAUAUUUUGAUUCUUUGGAGGUAUGAGGGGUGGUAAAUGGUUUGGUUUCUUUAAAGUUCUUCCCACCCCCCACCCCCUCUGGAGAUGAGAAAGUUGAUAUUAUGCUACUUUGCUGCAGAAUUGGCUAAUGUCAUUUUACAGGGACCUUUCAUUUCUGUGAUUUCUCCUUCCCUCCCCACCAGGAAAGAAUGCCAUACAUAAGUCACACUGCCUCCAAGACAUCUGAUGCUUUGACACUCUUCCUUAGCACAACUCUGCUAAGCCCAAAUCCCUUUUGUAUACCUUAUGUUCGUGAUCCACAUGGGGCAGCAGGGAUUACAGGUGCCAUGAAAAAAAUAGAGGGCAAAUGUGAGGCCUCUUAGAGAGGGGUGAGUUGAGGUGAACUGAUCAGAUCCUAGGUGAGCAGAGGGGAAAGGUGCAUCAAUGAUUAUGAAUGUAAUUGGGGGAAACGGGAAAUUAAAGCAAAGAAUCCCUGUUGGGAAGAAUAAGAGAGCAGAUAAAGUGAGCGGGGGACUGUUUUCAAUUUCAAUGUCUUAAAAGCUAGUUGUUAAAUUGCUUUUCCUGUGGGGACUAGUGUUGGAGCAUCCUGAUUCCCUAGAGUACUUACAUCUUUUUCUAAAGUUGACAAUUGGAUUCUGUAAGAAAAAUACAUGCGGUGGAGUUUUCUAUAUCUACGCCCUUAGGAUGUUUCUAGGUUGUUUAUUCCUUGUUGAUGCUUAGUAGCAUAAAAAAACUGAGCAGUUCAUGCUCUCUUGAAUUUGGGGGGUGGAGGGUUUGUUUUGUUUUCUUUUCUUUGGAUGGAAGUACUUAAGCCAACUUAAAUAUGAUGACUGAGGAUUAAGUCUGGCAGGCACCUCUUUGUAUUUUGUAUUAGACUUCAAAAUCUUUUCUUCUUCUUCUUCUUCUUUUUUUUUUUUUUUUUAAAUCCAGGAGAAUGCUUUAUUGCAACUUUUAGCUGACUAGAUGCUUAACUUAGUAACAAGUUUAGCCCUUGUAACUGGCUAGCUAAAAGCAAAUCGGCUUGUUUCUCAGAUCUUUGGGGGAUAGCAAGAAACAUUUGAGUGAAUGUUGUUGAAGAUUUUCAGUAGUAUAGAAAAUGAUGGCGCUCUUGUGAUAUUUGUAAGUACAAGCAAGGAUUUGGCACAGACAUCCUAUUUCAUGGCUACCAACAGUCUACACCUUACCACCUUCUGUCUUCAGUACAAACCAACAGUGAUAGCAUGUGUAUGUAUUCAUUUGGCUUGCAAAUGGUCCAAUUGGGAGAUUCCUGUGUCAACUGAUGGAAAACAUUGGUGGGAAUAUGUGGAUCCUACAGUUACUCUAGAAUUACUAGAUGAGCUAACACAUGAGUUUCUACAAAUAUUGGAGAAAACACCUAAUAGGUUGAAGAGGAUUCGAAACUGGAGGGCUAAUCAGGCGGCUAAGAAACCAAAAGUAGAUGGACAAGUUUCAGAAACUCCACUUCUUGGUUCAUCUUUGGUCCAGAAUUCCAUUUUAGUAGAUAGUGUUACUGGUGUGCCUACAAACCCAAGUUUUCAGAAACCAUCUACAUCAGCAUUCCCUGCACCAGUACCUCUAAAUUCAGGAAAUAUUUCUGUUCAGGACAGCCAUACAUCUGAUAAUUUGUCAAUGCUAGCAACAGGAAUGCCAAGUACCUCCUACAGUUUGUCGUCACACCAAGAAUGGCCUCAACAUCAAGAGUCAGCACGGACAGAACAGAUGUAUUCACAGAAACAAGAGACAUCUUUGUCUGGUACUCAAUACAACAUCAACUUCCAGCAAGGACCUUCCAUAUCAAUGCAUUCAGGAUUACAUCACAGACCUGACAAAAUUUCUGAUCAUUCAUCCAUGAAGCAAGAAUAUACUCAUAAAGCAGGGAGCAGUAAACACCAUGGGCCAAUUUCUGCUACUCCUGGAGUAAUUCCUCAGAAAAUGUCUUUAGAUAAAUAUAGAGAAAAACGUAAGCUAGAAACCCUUGAUCUGGAUGUAAGAGAUCAUUAUAUAGCUGCCCAAGUAGAACAGCAACACAAACAUGUGCAAUCACAGUCAGCCAGCAGCAGUUCUGUCACUUCUCCCAUUAAAAUGAAAAUUCCCAUCACAAGUACUGAAAAACCUGAAAAAUACACGGCAGAUAAGAAGGAAAAGAGUGGAUCGCUGAAAUUACGGAUUCCAAUACCACCCACUGAUAAAAGUGCUAGUAAAGAAGAACUGAAAAUGAAAAUAAAAGUUUCUUCCUCAGAAAGACACAGCUCUUCUGAUGAGGGCAGUGGGAAGAGCAAGCAUUCGAGCCCACAUAUUAGCAGAGACCAUAAGGAGAGGCACAAGGACCAUCCCUCAAACCGCCACCACCUCAGCAGUCACAAGCAUUCCCACUCACACAGUGGCAGCAGCAGCGGUGGCAGUAAACACAGUGCUGAUGGAAUACCGCCCACUGUUCUGAGGAGUCCUGUCGGCCUGAGCAGUGAUGGCAUUUCCUCUAGUUCCAGCUCUUCGAGGAAGAAGCUGCAUGUCAAUGAUGCAUCUCACAACCAUCACUCCAAAAUGAGCAAAAGUUCCAAAAGUUCAGGUAGUUCAUCUAGUUCUUCCUCCUCUGUUAAGCAGUAUAUAUCCUCUCACAACUCUGUUUUUAACCAUCCCUUACCCCCUCCUCCCCCUGUCACAUACCAGGUGGGCUACGGACAUCUCAGCACCCUCGUGAAACUGGACAAGAAGCCAGUGGAGACCAACGGUCCUGAUGUCAAUCACGAGUACAGUACAAACAGCCAGCAUAUGGACUACAAAGACACAUUCGACAUGCUGGACUCGCUGUUAAGUGCCCAAGGAAUGAACAUGUAAUCAUUUGUUUAGGUCAAUUUUUCCUUUACUUUUUUAAUUUAAAAAUUGUUAGAAUGGAAAAUUUCCUCCUGAUCUAGCAGUGGUAACACCUGCUAUUGCUGCCACUGCAUCAAUAUUUGUAAGUGCUGCUUUAUUCUCAUUCUGAAAAGAAGAGAUGAUAGUAAACAAGUCUUUAUCUCCACAUAUGAUAGUGUUAUAAAUACUGUAAAAGCAUGGAAGGUGCAAAACUCAGUAUUUCUACAAUUGCAGCUAAGAACAUUAGGAUGAAUGGCUGGCUGCUUCUAGGAAUAUAAGAUGCCUCAAGCAUUCAUUAUUUAUAAUUUGAAUACUGUAGCUAUUUUUUGUUGUUGCUUGGCUUUUGAAUGAGUGUAAAUUGUUUUCUUUUGUGUAUUUAUACUUGUAUGUAUGAUUUGCAUGUUUCAAUGAUAAAGGGAUAAAACAGUAUACUGACAACUGUUUACAAGAAAGUGGAGAAAAAUGUACAUACAUUUUUGUAUGUUUAGAUAUUACCAUAAAUACUCAGGAUUGGAGCUGCUUGUAAGUAUAACAAUAUAACUUUAUUUUAUCUUGUCAGAGUCCAUCACUAAUCUAAAACAAAGGUGGCACUUUUUCAUGUUAACCUUAAACUCUAGGCCUUACUGGAAGCCACUGAAGCGGGGGACACUUCACUACCAGAUGGAUAUGCAGUGCCACAGAUGGUCAUUUAUUUACACUGUGAGGCACUGAACUUUUGCCUUCAGAGCUUCUGACCAAGUUGGCUGCUGAAAUAGCCCCUAAUUUUCUGAAGGCUUGAAGAGGAAAAAAUAAAGUUUACAUACUCUUGAUGUGAAGUGCAUUUGAAAUGUUUGUUGGCUUGUUGCAGUACUAUAAACACAGAGCUGUAAUAAUGGUUAUGUAGAUUACUGUGAUUUGAAACUAAAUCCACAAAACUUAUAUAGUGAAGAAUUAGUAGGUUUUUUUCUUAAUAAGGAACUUUAACACUACAUAUUUUAACAGUAAACAGGGAUUGCUUUUCCAUUAGUGUUCAGAAUGACACCAUAUUCUUAAACAUACUCCUCCCAUGAAGUGUGUUUGUGUGUGAUGCCAUAUUUCUUUUUCAGGUAAAUGCAGUCUUCCUUAUAGAAAUGAAAUUAAACCUGUUGUCUCUCAGUUCUUUUAUAUUCUAAAAAUAAAUAAAAAGAAAAGAUCACUGACUGUGCAUUGUACCUGUAUUUAUAGCUUAUGGUUGUUUUCAGGAAGCUCUGUGAGAAAAAGGGGUUAGCCUCCAAGUAAACUAGUGGAGGUUUUACAUUUGUUUGCACAUCUCAGAAUAUUCCUGUUGAGGUCAAGUUUGCACAGUCAUCUAACUUCUGAACAAACAAUAGACUUUAACUUGUUUAAAAUCUGUCUUAAACACCAGUAAUGUGGCUCCGGUUUAUCAGCUAAUCUUGAAUUUAUUCUGUGGUAAAUCUUUGAGCUGUUGAGUGUCUUUAGAUGGGGUGAAUUCAACUUUUCAUUGAACUGAAAACUGUCUUAAUUUUUUCUUCUAUGUAUAUGAAUUAUUUUUGUUACAAAGCCACUGAUAUGUGCACAAUUGUAAUUUUACUCAAGUAUGUUGCAGUUGUAAAUAUUAGAGAGUUUAAUCUCGUACUCUACCUUUAUUUAGCGAUUACCUAAUUUGCCAGUAGCUUUAUAAUUUUUUUUUAAGAUAACUGUUCAUUAUUUUGUCAAUGUUAUUUGAACUUAGGAUACUAGGAGCCUCUUUCUAGGGACUUUGCCUAGGUAGCAUGUCCUAACAUUUGUUCUUUGUCUUGCAUAACUUUAGUAAUCUUUGUCAUUACAUGUAACUUUGUUGCUCUGUAUGGCAUAUUAUUGUAUCCAUAAACAUGGUAAUUUUGAUACAGUUAUACUUUUACAGUGGUACAUAAUCCGAGGACUAGUAUAGAAUUAAGCUGAGUGCAAGAUGAGGGCGGGGAAGGGUUUUGUUCUUGGUAAUUUAGAUGUGAAACCUCUAAGGAGCUAUCAUGUGAAACGACAUAGGGUGGUCGUGCUACUGUAUAAUUGGGGGUGAUAAUACCAGGAAUUUUAAUAAGAUUUUGUAAAGAAUAUCCAAAGUAGUGAACUUAUUUUCAGUAUAACAUAGAAAACAAUGUGAAUAUUUAAGGUCUGUGACUAUACUUAAACUUCACUAAGAAUUUGAAGAGUUGUUUUGAGAUGUGGGAAUAAAGGUAAUUUUGUUGAAUCUUUAUUGGUGCUAAUGAUGGACAGUUUAAAAGGUAGCUAGUAUAUAUUGUUAUGGGUCAGUACUUAUUAGUACUUCCAAAAUUGAAUUUGAAAUGCUAUGUAUUCACUUUUCACUCUGUAAAUGUAAUUCUUUACAAUGACUUUAUUUAUUAAAGGGCAGCCAGUUGUAAUUUGUACAGGAUUGUGUGAGCUAUUCAAACUCUUUAACCUCUGAACAGGAUUAUAGGUUCUAAAACCACCAUGGGGAUGAAUAUGAAAAUCCUUUUACAUUUCAUUUUCAGUAAGUGAAAAACCCCUAUUACUCAUACUACCAUUAAUUUGCUUUCCCCAUCUCAUUUGCAUAAAAUAGUUCAUCGGCCUGUUCCCAAUAGGCUCAACCAAAGAAAAAGACUCCAAUGAAUGGACAUUAUUUUUGAGUCUUCUUGUAAGUAGCCAUAAAUAAACCAAAAUAGUACAUCAAAUUUAGGUAUGAAAUUCCACAUGUGCAAAGUACUGUUAAGGUGAUUUACAUUUUUGAUGAGAUUUUUUUUAAAUAUUUGAAAUAUUAAAAAGCAUUAUCUUUAAAAAUCCUUUAAAAGAGUGAUUCAUUUUUCAGUUGUGUUUUCCCUAGAUCAUAGCUUUGUUACCUUUAUGCAGAAGUACAUUGCAUAGAAAGGCUUUACUUCUACCUCUUUACAUAGUUUUCCAAUAUUGAGCUGUUCCCCCUAAAUAUAUGCCUUAGCUUCUUAACAAUAUGUUUUCAGAACCAAAAAGCAAAAAGAGUGUUUUUUUCACUGAAACAUUCUUGGAGGCCUGCUGUACCAAACUGGUACGAACCGGUGUACCAAACUGGAGAUAGUAUCCUUUAGUGAUAAAACCUUGCAAAAUGUCCCAAUUCCUUUUUGUUGUUGGACCUGAGGUUCAUUUCUUAGGUUUGUCUUUGAAAGCAGUUACAGGUGCAUCUUGAUUUUUCUGUCUGUGCAGGUGCAUUCUGGUUAGAGUUGUUGACUCCAGAUUUCUACCAUGAUAACAUCAGUGGUUUCAUGUGGAAUGUCAUGAGAGGUGCUUGCAUGACUUUGUACCAACAGAUUAUAAUUAGGUAGACUACCUUAUCUUUUUUUGGUCUGUCUUCCAUGACUUCAGAGAACCACAUUUUGAAGGUUUUUGUUAGUUACCAAUUGCCUUUCCUAGCAUUUUAAGCACAUUUUUCAGUUAUAUUUGAGUAUUUAAAUUGAUGGGUUUUAUUCCUUAACCAGCCUUAGAAAUAAACCACUGCAUACUUAUGUAUGACUUGUGUACUGUAGAAGUAUCUUGGGUGAAUUAGAUAUGUUAGGGUAUUUUGCAUUCACUGUGGAAAUAAGGAGGGUUUUGUUUUGUUUUAAGAUGAUAGUAGCUAAAGGAAGACAGUUAUAUUCUCAAAGUAUCACCAUUUUCAAAUUUUAUCUAAACAGUAAGAAGUUAUUUCUUAGCUACUACUAGGCUUAAAUUGCUGGGUGACUUAAGAUCUCUGCUGAGAAAAAUUUGAGAGCUCUUGUGAAGAAUCUUUGAUUUAGCAAGCUCUUGCUCAAGAGGCUUUCUUGGGAGCCAUUAGGGUUCACUAACUGUAUUUACCCAAAUGAAAGAUCAGUGAAUCUCACAUCAGGAAACUUGUGUUAACUGAGCUCACAGAACGAUACUUGAUAAUUUUGUGUGCCCUUGUAUUUAUUUAUGGUAGGCUGAUUUAGAUUGGGAUCUCCGCAUUGGAAAACAGCACAUUCUGUCUUCUGCCCUCCCAAGUUAUAAUAGCAACUAAUUUGAGAAUUACAGUUACUCAAAUAUCUGAAAUUUGAUUGCUGUAAACCAGAUUAGAAGUGAGCUUGUUUUAUAAGGGAAGUUUGCCUUUGUAGUUGAGAUGAUCUUGCCAGUGGGUCUAGAAUGCUCAGUGUUUUAGUCUGAUUGACAAUGCGUCCAUUUUUUUUAUUCCACAAUGACACUUUGGGCAAAGCCAGCUUUUGCUUCUGUGACUCCUCUUUUUCUCUUCCAUAUAAUUUUACUAGUAUCUAUUUUUGCCUGACAGGUUCUUUAGAAUAGGCUGAUAAGCAAGGUACAUUGAAGGUUGUAUGGCUAGGAGUAAUUCUGUUUUCAUAAAGGUGAGUUUACCCAUUCACUGUGAUCCUUUAACCCCAAAGGAAAUUCUGAGGGCUAAUUUCCCUUAUUUCCAACUUUUGGGAGGAAGCCGCACUUAAAACCUGUUUAGUAGUUGGUUUGAUUUGCCUGUUGUUUAAUAAUGAGUACAUUCUUACUUUUAAGGUGUGUUUUUCCAGCAGCUUCACUUGGUUUGACAAACUUCACCUGACUCAUUUGUUGUCUGCAAUGAUUAGGAUUUUGUUUUCUGAAUAUACUCAGAACCCUCAAGGACUAUUGAAUAGGAUGUUUGCUGAUAGAAAAUCCAAAAUCGGAACGUGUGUGUGUGUGGCAUGAAUUUGAUUAGUUACUGAAUUUCAGUGCAGUAUCUGUUACGAGGAAUUAUUAAUAAAAUUUGUUUAUUGAAAAUGUAAAUCCAA